AUGGGUAGAUCGGAGCCUCCAUUCCUUUAUGAUCGUCCUUCCGCUUACAGCUUCAAUGGACCGACCGAUCCGUUCUUCAAUCCUAAGGCUGUGACGCAAGCAAGCCGGACUCCUGCGGUGCCCAGACAGAAGCAGGAUGGGCCAUUGAUCAAUUUUAACAGACAUCCGGACUCGUGGGAAAGUUUUGAAAAGAAGCCAACGCACACGCCGAUGAACCCCAAAGUCAAAAAAUGGAUUAAAGGCGUGAGAGGGACCCAGCUAGGUCUGCGGUCCAUCACUCUACUUGGUGCACUUGCAUCCCUGUUUUGCUCCAUCGUGAUCAAAAAUGCGGACACGACGGUUAUCUGGAUUAUGCGGUCCGGACCAAUUGUCGCAAUUCUGCAUACUCUCUACGGCGUCUACCAUUUCUGCCGAUCUCCUGUUACACGUCCUCCUGCCUCUCAAGCUAGUUAUGGAGUGUUCGCUGGCACUUUGGAUGCUGGGCUAAUCCCAUUUUACGUGUUCACAGCAUAUGUGGCUCAUGCUGACUAUGCCAACGAUGCUUAUAGCUGGGGGACCCUUUUCAAGGACAGUGAAAUUACCCUUGAUAUUGUCGAAGCUACCUUCAUCUGCGCGCUUGUGAACACAGGGCUACACCUCAUCUCAUUUUGUCUUUCGAUCUUUUUGGCAGUCAUCUUCCGAAAAAUAUCUCAUCUACCACCUGACAUGAACCCUCUGGAAGAUAACUUGACCGCACGUCCGCGCAGAAGCUUCCGUAAAGAGAUCGAUGUCGAUGAAAAGCACAUGAGCUCAUCAACGCUGCAUUCGAACAUGGAAGAUCCGCUCAUGGGCUCUCCACGCACUGUACCAUUCAUACAUACUCGUGAAGAUUCAUUUGGUGGUGAAACCAUCCGCGGGUCAGUAGAUAUGAGCAACGAGAAACGUCAAUCCCAGAUAUUCGUUCAGCCACAUCGUUUCUCUCUGGAACCCCCAAGCCCAGAGAGAUACUACCACAACCCUUCCGACGAACCUUACAAUGUGGCCACAGCCACCACUGCACCGGAAUAUCAUAAUGUGCCUGCGCGAUCCCCAAAUAUAGUGGAUCCAAGCAUCCACACACGUCACCUAGCCUCUCGCACCGCUGACAGGUCCGAAUCCGUGAGCCCCAUGUCUGACAACUGGGUUGCACACGACGAGCGUUAUCCAUCCCCCGUCAGCGAUGUUCAAGGCCAAGGCACCCAGAACAAUGAUACCACUCUUCGCCAGUCUUCUUCCGUGUACAGCCGACGAACAGACAGAUCUGCGCCAUCAGCUGGUAGUGGCAUCCGGGACUGGUUCGCAUACCCCCAAAGAAAUCAAGCCAAUGUGGGAAGUGUAAUUCAUGAGGAUACACGUGGCGAGUACGCUUCCCUGGCAGUGCACGAGUACUAUGGCAACGAAGGCAACGACGAACAAGACAUUGGAGCCCAGCAGCGAUUCAACAUUUUCCCCGACCCAGAAGAACAUGACCACGACAACGAUGACGAACCCUCCAGUAUCCCCUUCAACCCUCUCAUGCUAAACCCUCCAACUCCACAACCUGUCCUGACUGAGAAGCAAGAGGAUACCGACCCGGUGCGUCGCAAUGCCCUAGGUGACAAUCCCAACCUCUCGCAAAACCAAAAAGCCCAAGUCUUCACUCCACACCAAAAUCCCGACUCUCCAACAUUCAAGAAUCGUUUCUACGGCGAGCUGGAGGAUAACAACCCCGGACUAAGCAUUGCGCCGCGCCAUGUCAGCGCCGAGGAAGAUGUGAAGCGCAAACCAUCCAAGCUCACCAAGAAGCGUUCCAAGAAGUUGUCUGCAUACCAAUCUUUGAAAAAAGAUGACAGUGACGACGAGGGAUACCUUAGCGCUCGUGUUCCAUCAUCCCCUGCCAUGGCUGAAGGAGACCGUAAGGGCCGAGUGGUCAGCAACUCCGGUGCCGACACAGCUCGGCCCGGUCUCGUGGGUGGAGUUGGAGCAUCGCUUUCCUCUUAUGGCAACUACAUCGCUGGACUUGGUGUCGGACGUCGCCGCGAUGUAAGUGGUAAAGUUGCAGAGGAAGGACGAGGCGGAAAGAGCGUGGAAGUACAUCCCAGUCCGAGUGCUGUUCCAAGUCCGAAUCAAACUCCCGAUGGGAAGAUUCGGGCUGCUGGAUGGGCACGGUUUGCAGGAUUGUGA